AUGUCCACCACCACCCGUCUCGCUCCCCUCCUCCCGCUACUCUGUCAGUUCAUGACGACACCAUGGUCAAUUCCCGAGCCCAAGGACGACCCCAAACGUACCUUUACCCAGGUAUGCAAAGAAUGGCGUCGAGCCAUCGUCUCCAACGCUGCUCUCUGGGCCCACAUUCGAUUAUCACCCGUCAAAUACCAGUACCCAGAGAAUCUACUUCGGCUGUUCGAGCAAAACGUGGAGCGCAGUCAAGGAGAGCCCCUCGUAAUCGAGAUGUACAACAACAUCCCUCGAGCCCAGCAUUCGAAGAUCGAGAAAGUCGAAGACCUCCUGUUCGGAGGGGGAGAAUUCAGCAUCUUCAAGCAUAUCCUUUUCCCAGAAGCGGUUAGAAUGCGCCUAACAUCCCUCAAAUGCAUCCUUGCCGGAGACGACAUCCUCGGGUUUCUCUCUCUGCCAUCUUCCUCUUUCCCCGAGCUGAGGCACGUCAACAUCGCCAUCAUUCACACCUUCUCCGCGCCUGCUUCCCCAUUCAUAACCGAUCUCGCAAAAUGCCUCCAGUUCAAUGCAUUCUCUGGCCAUCCAACGCUCACGGACGCCACUUUCCACAUCCAUAACCGCAUGCAUCCUCUCGACCUCCGACUACCCUGGAAUCAGCUUACGAAGUUGGACUUGUCGAGCGCACCGAUGCCACCGUGGACCUUCCUGCUCAUCAUGAAGCGGUCAGCCAAAUCGCUAGACGAAGCCGCGUUCCAAGUUAUGUUCGUCGCGCGAGUGAACCAGCGCCUGCUACCGAAGUCUUCCCAGGCGCUCAUGCCGGUGCUGAGAAAGAUGAAACUCAUUCUCAUCGAUCCGAUUUGGGAUCCGGCUUUCUUCGGGAUGUUGAAGAUGCCAGUUCUCGAUUGUUUGAGUAUCGAGAAGUUUGAUCGCUGCGUCGGGUGGGAGCUUUGGCUGUUUGCCCCGAUGCUGGCGUAUACUUCGGGCAUGCUCCGUCGGUUGGAGUUGAAGAGGUUCGAGCUGAAGCUAGACGCGGGGGACCCAAUUCCGAGGAAGAGGAGGACUUCCUUUGUCGAACUCGAGGCCGUCUUGACGAUGGUGCCCCGCCUCGAGGUGUUGAAACUCGCUUCGGACAUCGAAGUGCAUUACCCUACAUUGGUGAAGAUGACAAGAGGGGAUCUGGUACCGAAUUUACAGGCAUUCGAAAUCUUCAGCGCUGCGGGCGAACAGGUGGUGUGGAUGGUCCAGGAGAAAUCGACGGAGCCUGGCACUUCUGUUAAGGGUGCUCGCGCGGUCAGGCUCGCCCAAGUUGAUCUCUGGGUUCGAGCUGAAGAGAAGGAGACGCUCAGCGAGAUGGUGAGGGUUUCUGGACUCGAUAAGGUGAUACAUAUUCGAGGGUCAAGUGGUGCGAGCGGAUAA